AACUUGCUAGAGCAUUAGAGAAAAAAGACGCAGAUGCGGCUAUGGAACAACAUCGUCUGUUGGUUACUCAACAUAUCAAUGUAUCGACUCAAUGGGCGACAGCACUGCGUCAAAUUAUUAUAUCGAUUUCAUCUGAAUCACAAUCGGAUGAUAAAAACGCACCGGCUGUACUACCCGACACCGAUGUUGUGCAAUUUGUAGAUGUGAGUUCGAAACCAAUCGUAUUGGAUAGCAUUCCGCCUAUUCCGCAAGAUCCACUAUUGAACCCAGGCCCAGCAACGUUACCGAUAUCCAAUCAGCAGCAAUCUAAUGACAACCAUUCCGAUUCAAGUGCAAAUGUUGUGCAAGAGAAUAGUGAAAAUGAACCGAAAUCCAGAUUCGGACGAUUUGGAAGAAUUUUACAUAUUUAAUAUGACAAACUAAGGCAAUCCUAUGGGAGAUUUAUACUGAAUGAUGUCAGUUGCUGUGAGUCUAACGGAAAUUGAUUCCAAUCAGAAUCGAAUGAAAUAAAAAUAAUCAAUUUUUAAAUUGUUGUUGUUAAAA